UAGGAGGGCUGAUGUCAUUUCAAAACUUAACUCACACUCCUAAGUCAACGCGGCGAGUUCCUCACUUCUUAUUCUCCCGUAAAGUCCUCCCUCUCGUCUGGCGGAGCUUCUUAACAAACUCCAGGCGGUGAAUUAAACUAAAGACAAACACGAACUUCUCCACUAGAAGCGGAGCACAAGGAUUUUAUACCAGAAACCCCGGGACCAGACCAGAGCCCCUCUUUCUGCGGGCAAAGGCGGCUGAUUUUUUUUUUUUUUUUUUUUUUUUUUUUAACUGCAACCGCACAAAAUGAAUCGGAGCUUUAAUAAGUCGCAACCUCUGCGAAACAUGGAUUGUAACGCCGUGGAGGUGAAAAGCAAGUAUGGGGCGGAGUUCCGCCGGUUCUCAGUGGACCGGGUCAAGCCUGGCAAGUUCGAGGAAUUCUACAAACUUAUCCUGCACAUUCACCGCAUCGCCAACAUGGAGGUGAUGAUUGGCUAUGCUGACAUCCAUGGGGAUCUGCUGCCCAUCAACAAUGACGACAACUUCUGCAAGGCCGUGUCAACAGCUCAUCCACUGCUCAGGAUCUUCAUACAGAGACAAGAAGAGGUCGACUAUGCAAACUUUGGCACCAACACAAUUACACGCAAGAAGAAGGCAGUGGUGGCGCUGCGCAACAACGACGUCAACCGCAAGCGUCCACACAUCCGCAUCGGCAUGCCCCAGGACUUCCGGCCCGUCUCCUCCAUCAUCGAUGUUGACAUCCUGCCUGAAUCUCACCGCCGUGUCCGACUGUACCGUCAUGGCUCGGAUAAACCCCUGGGUUUUUACAUCCGAGACGGAACCAGUGUCCGGGUGACGCCACAUGGGCUGGAAAAAGUCCCCGGAAUCUUCAUAUCCCGGCUGGUGCCCGGGGGAUUGGCAGAAAGCACCGGGCUGUUGGCGGUGAACGAUGAGGUGCUGGAGGUGAAUGGCAUCGAGGUGACUGGAAAGUCCCUGGAUCAGGUAACAGAUAUGAUGAUCGCCAACAGCCACAACCUGAUCGUGACGGUGAAGCCAGUGAACCAGCGCAACAACGUGGUCCGCAGCAGCAGGAUCUCAGGCAGCUCAGGCCAGUCGUCCGACAGCAGCGGAUCGACCGGUUACCCAAGUUUGUCGGUGGCCUCGGUGGGCGUGACAUCCUCCGGUGCGCACGGGUACCAAGACGACCUGGAGAGCGACGAAGAGGCAGAUAUCGUCAUCGAGAGCAGCCUCAAGCGGCCAUCACAGAGGUCCAACGCUUCCCUGGCAUCCAGUGUGUCUCGCACACACCAGCAGACGCCGACGACAGCUUCAGGCCCCCCAGCGCCUCCCAGUCCCCCCUCACGUCCGUCGUCGGUAGUCUCCACCGCCUCCUUCCACUCCCAGCCAAGCCUCAACGGAGGAUCCCACCACCACCACCACCACCAACAACAACAACAACAACAACACCACCACCACCACCACCACCACCAGCAUAGCAGCCUCAGCUACCAGCUCCACAGAGACCUGAACCUUCAGCACAACCCACACCAACAGUCCCAGCACAGUCACCACCACGCCUCACAGCCCCCGCAUCACAGCAGCAACCCAGCCCUCCGCCACAGCAACGGCAGCCUGCACAAAAUCCUCAGCUCCCUGAAAACGGACCCACGACACAGUCUUGCACUGCCUAGGGGAGGGGUGGAGGAGGAUGGCACUGUCAUUACCCUAUAAUACUUAUAAACACACACUCAGAGACAUAAACAUCCCAAACUGCUCAGAGACUAAAACUGGAACACCAGGCCGGAUAAAUAUGAGCUCACGUGGGUUUUGUCAGAUACUAAUUUUGUAACUUCUGUUUGUUUUUACAAGAUAAUUGAUUAUAGGAAGUUGCGAGCCCGGAAGCAAGGAAAAUGUAUUGUAUAUAUUUCUUGUAUUUUUUAAACUGUUUUUGUCUCACAAGAAAAGAUUUGUACGUAUGUAUGUAAUAAGCAUCAGAACAAAUAACUGUUUUUAGGCGAGUCCACUGUAUCCUAGAGUUCUGAAUGUGCCUACAGCCUGAUGUUUUCUGUUAGUGACCACUUUUUAUUAAGAUCCUUUCAUUCUUAUUACUGGGACCAACUUGGGGUUGCUUAUGGAUGUUUUUAAAGAGUAAAUCUAUAUUUCUUAUAUUCUGACAAAUGCUGUGUAGAGUAUGAUUUUUUUUUUUAAUAGGUCUUUUAUGCAUUAAUGAUUGUGAUCGAAUCCUUGUAUCUGUUCCAAUAAAUUAUUCUGUCUCACAA